ACCAAAAGAAAAAAGAGAAAAAAAACUCAACACAAAAAACUCAACAAAAUGAAUGUUGCCAAUUUCUUCUUUCUUAUAAUCCCCAUUCUAAUUGCUUCCUUCUCUUCUUCUCAUGCUUCCAUCUUCACCGUCACAAACAAUUGCCCUCAUCCCAUAUGGCCCGGCACGCUUUCCGGUGCGGGCACGCCGCCACUUCCCACGACGGGGUUUCGUUUGGAGUCGGGACAAAGCAUUAGAAUCCCAUCGACUCCAGGAUGGUCGGGACGAAUAUGGGCUAGGACGGGAUGCAACUUCGACGAGUCGGGAAUUGGGAAAUGUCAAACGGGAGAUUGUGGGGGAAGGCUGGAAUGUGAUGGGAAUGGUGCUGCUCCUCCAGCUUCCUUGUUUGAGAUCACUGUGGGUAUUGGAGAUGACAAAGAUUUCUAUGAUGUUAGUAUUGUUGAUGGCUAUAAUUUGCCGCUCGUUGUUGUGCCCAGAGGUGUUUAUGGGCCUUGUAAUGCCACUGGAUGUUCUUACGAUCUCAAUUUAGGUUGCCCAAAAGAGCUGCAAGUAGUGGGGGGAGAGAAUGGUGGAGUACAAGGAGGAGUGAUCGCAUGCAAAAGCGCUUGUGAGGCAUUUGGGCUUGAUCAAUAUUGCUGCAGUGGACAAUUCUCAAACCCUAAUACAUGCCAUCCAUCCAUCUACUCUUCCAUUUUCAAACAUGCUUGUCCAAAGGCUUACAGUUAUGCUUAUGAUGAUGGCACCAGCACUUUCACUUGCAAAGCUUACGAUUAUACUAUUGUUUUCUGCCCCGACCCUAACGGAUCAAAAGGAACAACAAAUGAAACAAUAAGCACUCCUCCAGGAAUGGAAGACCCAGCAGAUGGGGAAUUCAUACAUUUGGUUUCAUCAUCAACCAUUCUCCAAGUCUUACCCUUUUCUUUAGUAAUAAUUAAUGUAUUUUUCAUCUUCAUCAACUUAUUUUUCUAAUUUUCAUUCCCAAAUUAAAUCUCUUCAUGCAAAGAGGCCUUAAUUAUGGAUUAGUCGUGAUGUCUCAAAUUAAAAACCCUAACACCUUAGCCCUUUGAUUGGCAACAUCCAUGGCUAGCUACCUUUCAAAUUUGUAUGGAAACUUUAUAUUAAUGUAAAAGAUUAGGACUUAUUGUGAGUCAUUCUUGCUCAAUUGAAAGGAAUUCAUUUUAAUAUUUCA